GGCAGACGAUGUCAUGUCAUUCGCAAUUGCUUGAAUUGAAUACUGGCUACGUACGAUGACGUUCGAGUCGAUGUGCUGUGUAAGGGAAAUAGACUCAUUGAGGGUCUGAAACAUACCUAUAUAACCCCCGAGUCCGCUUCACCUUUACUUCCCUCCAUCGUUCCUUCUGUCUGCAGGAUAAUUCGCUUACCACUCACUUCCUCUAUCUUCCUCUACUCUAAUCUUACAGUCACUGUACUGUUCAAGUCAACAAGCCUGCGUUUUCGCCCGCGCUAAUCUCGACCUGCAGCACACUCUACCUCACACUACUGUAACCGAGUUACCAGGGACUCAUCAUGCCCGUCAUCUCACGUCUCAUUUCCAUCGUCUUCCGUGUGGUGGAAGUCAUUUGCGCUGCAGUGGUUGCCGGUAUCAUCGGACACUACCUGCACCAGUAUGAUGGCGAUGCCUGGCCGGUCGCCAGGUGGAUCUAUACCGAAGUCAUAGCCGGCUUGUCGAUACUGCUGGGCCUGAUAUGGCUGAUCCCGUUCUCAUCGGGCUUCUUCUCGUGGCCGUUCGAUGUCAUCAUCUCUUUCGCCUGGUUCGCUGCGUUCGGAAUAUUGGUCGAUGCGAUCCACAAGCUGAACUGUGGAUCUAUCUGGUAUUGGGGCGGCAUCAUCCACAACAACUCGUGUGGCCGGUGGAAGGCGGCCGAAGCGUUUAGUUUCAUCUCUGCCAUCGUAUGGCUGGCCUCGGCGCUCCUGGGCAUCUGGUUUACCUUCCGUGUCCGCGACUCGUCUGCUCCCCGACAUUCGCGAUCGUCCUCAUUUGAGAAAGGCUCGCAGGACUAUCGUUUGACGGUGCUGGAGCCUGAGCAUCAUGACGACUCCGACAGCAGCCAGCUGGUUGUGAUUGGGCGGGAAAGCUCCGAUCUGCGGCCCGAUGCCGCCACGAGGGAGCCUCUGCUACCAACUUCAUCACCGAUUCCAAGUCAGAAUCGUCAUCAAGAGCUCGGGAAAUCCUCAUGCUCCUUAUCUGGCAUUCGUACCUGGAUCAAAGGUCCAGUCCCGCCAGUCGAGUACAAAAUUACCCCAUGGCUAGCCCGCUGGCAGACGGCCCCGAGCCGUUACAUUGAGCGUCUCCUUCCGAGCACCCGCGCCAGAGUCUCGCUUCUGGUGGCUGGUAUCGCCCUGUGGGGAGUGGUGUUUUUGACCAUCCUGCACUAUUCGAUUACUGGGCAAGAGAUUCCUGGAUAUGGAACUCCAGUCAAGCUAUCAUGUCAUGCACGACUAUGGUAUAAUUCCACAGAGUGUGGUCUCGACGGAGAGGCCUGCCGUCCGUUCGAUAACGGUGGCUUUGCCUUUCGCUGCCCCGCUAGCUGUGCGGAUGCGAUUCUGCUCGAACCGUAUGUUGUCGGGCCUGCAGAGUACAACUAUCGUCCGCUAGUCAUCGGAGGAUCCCUCCAGGACAAUUCCACUGCAGACAUAUCAGCUAGCUUUGGAAACAUAGGCAUCUACCGCGGCGACUCGGCCAUCUGCCCUGCGGCACUUCACGCCGGCCUAAUCAACAGCCAAACCGGCGGCUGCGGCGUGCUCCGCCGCACAGGCGAGCAUAACGACUACCCAUCCGUCUCCAAGAACGGGGUCACGAGCAUCGGCUUCGCAUCCUCCUUCCCGCUCUCCUUCACCUUCAACACCGACUCAUCCGAAAGAACCAGCUGUCGUGACCAGCGCUGGCCGCUCUUCGCCUUCUCGCUCAUCACCACCACCCUCCUCUCCCUCUGCACCACCUCCUCCGCGGGCUUCUUCUCCUCCGUCUACUUCAUCGUCUACUUCCAAGUCGCCCUCUCCUCGGACCCCCCGUACUCCCCCGACUACCUGGAGAUCGUCUCCACAGCCCUGGGCCGCUUCCUCCCGUGCGCCAUCGUCGGCUGGGCGAUCUACCACUUCGCCGUGCGGCGCACACUGGCCCACAACCUCCCCGCGCGCUGGGAUCAGACCGUCCUCUGGCUGGGCCCCUGCUGGGUCGGCGCCCUCAACACCGACACCUUUGACAAGAUCCCGAUCUCGCGCCUCACGCCGCACGACCUGCAGCAGCAGCCCGGCGCCAUCCCCGCGCUGCUCAUCAUCGUCGCCUGCCUGGUGCUCAUCGUCCUCACCCAGGCCCUGGCCUUCCGGAAUGAAGGCCGCCUCCCGCAGAUGCUGACCGUGUAUGGUGUCUUCGUCGCCGGCAUCGCCUUGCUCCUCUCCGUGCCCCACAUGAACCUCCGCAUCCACCACUACAUCCUCAGCCUCCUGUUCCUGCCGGGCACCACCCUGCAGACCCGCCCCUGUCUCGUGUACCAGGGCCUGCUGGUGGGGCUGUUCACCGGCGCGGCGCUGCUCGAGGGCGCCCAGCUGGGCAGUGUGCUGCCCGUCGUCGGGACGCCGGUUGUGCUGGGCGUCAGCCACAUAGCUUUCGCUGUCGGCAGGGACGCGCUGAUGAACGGCACCCGCGGGCCGUCGGCGGGAGAUGGGGUGAGUGUUUUGGUCAACGAUGUCGAGCGGUACAGAGGCUUUUGGUCGGAUUUGGUUCCCGGUGCCGGUGAUGUUGAUGUUGAUGCUGGUGGUGGUAAUGCUACGGUCGCUGCUGCUGCUGCUACUGCUGCUGGGGAGGGAUUGUUCAAUUGGACGAGGCAGACAGACGGCGAGGAUGAGUAUUUCCGAUUCGCGUUUGUGCGCCUGAAUGCCUUGGGUGGGUUCUGGUAUGAGGAUUUCACGAAGCCUGGGAUCUGGACGAGGGAGGGGGACUGGGUGGGGUGGGGGGAGGUUGAGAAAGAUACGGAUGGUGAUGGUGCAGGUGAUAAUGGUGGGGAGAGGUGA